AUGCAGCCUCUCUUCUCCCCCUCCCGCUCCCUGGUGCUCUUCUCUUCCUCCCCCACUCGCCCCUUGACACAACUCGCAGCUGGUCCUGCUUUUGGCUCUUUCACGCUUCUUCUCUUCAGAACUUCUCCCUCGCUAGUGAGCUCUCGAGGCUUCGCAAGCAGGAAGAAGAAAAUGGCGCCCAAGAAGCCUGUCAAGCGGGAGAAGGUCCUCCUUGGACGGCCGGGCAACAGUCUGAAGAGCGGUAUAGUUGGUCUGGCUAAUGUUGGAAAAUCUACCCUUUUCCAAGCCAUCACCAAAUCUACACUGGGAAACCCUGCCAAUUUCCCCUAUGCCACAAUUGAUCCUGAGCAGGCUCGAGUUAUUGUUCCGGAUGAACGAUAUGACUGGCUGUGCAAGCACUACAAGCCCAAGUCAGAGGUUCCGGCUAACUUGACAGUAUAUGAUAUUGCUGGUCUUACCAAAGGAGCGUCCACAGGAGCUGGUCUUGGAAAUGCGUUUUUGUCUCAUAUCCGUGCCGUAGAUGCCAUCUUCCAGGUUGUACGUUGCUUUGAUGAUGCUGAGAUCGUGCACGUGGAGGGUGAUGUCGACCCUGUUCGUGACCUAAACAUCAUCAGCGAGGAGCUUCGUAUCAAAGAUAUUGAGUUCGUCGAGAAGGCUCUUGAAGGCUUGUCCAAGCAGACCAGACGAGGCGGCCAGUCCCUUGAGAUGAAGAAACUCAAAGAGGAAGAAGAGAUUGUCGCCAGAGUCCUUGCUUUCCUUAAAGAAGGUAAUGAUAUCAGAAAAGGUGACUGGGGUCCUAAAGAGGUAGGAAUUCUCUCUCCCUUUCCCCUUGCCACCCACCUUCACAUGAAUAUGGUCGAUGUGAUUAAUCCACUCUUUUUGUUGACUGCCAAACCUGUGGUUUACCUAGUCAACCUCAGCGAGAAGGAUUAUAUCCGCCAGAAGAAUAAAUAUAUUCCAAAGGUUGCCGAAUGGAUUAAAACUAACUCCCCUGGUGACCCCAUUAUUCCUCUCUCAGUCUCUUUCGAGGAGCGUCUAGCGCAGCUCGGAGAUGAUGCUGCAGCUGCUGAAGAAUGUGAGAAGCUAGGCACUAAGUCUGCCCUGCCAAAAAUUAUUGUCACCAUGCGCCAGAGUCUUAACCUGGGCAGCUUUUUCACUACUGGUGCGGAUGAAGUUCGUCAGUGGACUAUCCGCAAGGGCACCAAGGCUCCACAGGCCGCUGGUGUUAUUCACACAGAUUUUGAAAAGACCUUUAUCCAGUGUCUUGUUUUUAACUUUGAUGUACUAAAAGAGUGCGGUGAUGAAGCUGCUGUAAGAGCAGCUGGUAAGGUCCUCACCAAGGGCAAAGAUUAUGUUAUCGAGGAUGGAGAUAUCGUCCUGAUCAAAGCCGGUGCGGCCAAGGCAUAG